AUGGAUACAUUCAAUCAUAUUCCGAAAGGGAGACGGAAGAAAUCAGUAACGAGAUUGACUAAUAAGGCAAAGGUUUUAGCCAUUCUUUUGCUGCUUUGCAUUCCAUCCAUCAGUCGGAGUUCCAACCUUAUCGCCAUCCUUCCGCAGGGCCGUGACGACAGCGGCUAUCAGACUCCCCGUUCACGUGCAAGUAAUGAUUUGUCUCAACCUCAAGAAGAAGAACACGCUGCGGUACCGGAGCAAGCACAGCAAGCACCUGAUUCCGCAUCGGCGAACCAACUUCAAGUUUACAAUGCUGAUGCGUAUGAACACCAGCUGCAAGAAGCAAUGGAAGUUCUUCCGGAUAUCGAAACAGCCAGCUAUGUAUUCGAAUUCUACUCUGGUCUGAACAAUCAGCUCAUGCGAUUCUUGGGCAUUCUAUCACUGGCUGCAUCCGAAGGUUAUCGACAGUAUUUAGAUCCAAGUAUUCUAUGGAAAGAUACAUUUGGGACGAAUGAAAAGAUUUCCCACCACAAGUUGUGGGAUGUUGCGCAUUGGAAUACAUUUUACCCGAAUGUUCCACGACUAGUGAAAUAUGACCCGAAGUAUCAUCCGCAUGUAAUGGAGGUAGGGAAAGUCAUUGAGAUGGAAGGAGGCAUUCGCAUCAAGGUACCAGAAGUGACGUACAAUGUCACCUGGGACGUCUGGGAAAACCGAAGCAUUACCAAACCAGCUCCGAGCGGACAAAACCGUCACCAGAGUCUCAAUUCCUACAACCAAAUGAUGAGAUUUCAUGAUCGAAACAGCAACCAUCCUGAAAAGACACGACAGUUUUCCUUUUACAAACCAAUGAUUGCUGGGGCCUUGAAGCCACAUCCGUUCUUACAGCAUUUGGUGGACAGGGAGAAAGCCAAACUUGGGGCAGGGGGCAAGUUUAUGGCGUUUCAUGCCCGGGUGGAGCCUGACAUGGCGAGACAAGAUCGCGUUUGUACGUCCUUGAAAGUAUGGAAUCUCACUGAGAUUCUUGAUGGAAUCUAUAAACAGUUUCCAGAACCACCAGUCAAUACAGUAUUGAUGCAAUUCAAUAGAAAGUACAUGGAAGAUGAAUCGAAACGAACCACUAAUAUUGACAAAUAUACUGUCCUCAAUCACCAGAAUCUAAAAGUGAUCAAUCGUGUCGUAAAUGAAGGAAUGUGGGAUGGGCGAGUCAACGUUGUGGAAGCGGGAUCCUCGCUCGUGGAAGAGGCAGGCGAUCCAUUCUACAAACGGUACUCGUCGAUUUCAGGAGGGAUUGUCAACAUGUUUCUAGCCAUUCAUUCAGAUAUUUUCAUUGGGACCGAGGUGUCGACCUACUCUGUCAUUGCUGCAAACGCUCGAUUUCACCGGGGACUAUUAGAGAAUUACUUUUUUGUUCCAGAGGGGCUGAAGGAAGUCGCUCGGACAAAACAGUAUCGCUUUGCCUGUUGA